CGCUUUCAUCUUGGGCAUGAAAGCACAAGAUGCUGGUAUCGUUAUGUUUGCUAACUCAUUUUAUGUAUCGCCGACUUAUGCGACCUCUACAACCAAUAUGGAGAGCUCUUUAAAGUUUUGUGUUUGCUUUGUUCUAAUACCAUUCAUUUCAGGAGAACCAGUUCAGAAGCUAACUAUUCCUUCAGACACUCAACCUGCUUGCCGUAAGAAUGAUAUCUUUCAUAGUGACGUUAUACAGGACCAUUCUUUAAAAAGAACUAUCAGCCAAAAAAAUUAUACAUUUCUCGGUAAGGUUCCAACAAUGGGAGAUUGUAUGGCUUUGUGUUGCAGUAUGAAAAGGUGCAACAUUGCAUACAUGAAAAAUGACACGUGUUAUGGUGUAACGUGCUUUGAUCAAGAAAAAUGUGGAGUUGAAAAUGGAACGUCUCCAAUUGAUCAAGGCACUCAAUUAGCGUUGAUUAUUCGUAACGAAACAAAUAGAAGAGUUUACGUAACUGCUUAUCUGGUGGUGGUCAUGUGUGCGUUUGGGGCAGCUUUGUCAGGGACAGUUUGGGCUGUGUUUGUUUUUUACAAAAGGUACUCAUUUACACCAAAUGUAAAAAAGAAAUCUAAUUUACACGAAGAAGAAGGAAAAGAAGCGGAAGAACCUUUGCUGCAGUCGAAAUAGAGGAUGCACUACUAGACUCAGACUCCUUGGACUGAUAUCGGUUCGUGUGAAGUAAUUGUUUAAACAAACAUAUUAACAAUAGACAUUGCGAGGUUGCGUCACGAUACAUGUUUAAAUUAUGGUCGGUUUUUUACUCUCAGUAUUUGUAUAUAGACGAAAUAUUAUUUUUUA